UUUUGAACUUAAUUUUUAUCUCAUUUUUUGUUCGUCGCUUCGCGAGAUUUAUCAGUGAAUUCGUGUGAAUUAUGCGAUUAUAACAAGUAUGGCUAACAAACACGGAUCCGCAUAUCCAGCACAUGGGCGAAAAGAGCCAGUCCCUUUCGAAGUUGAUGUUGACGUGGCCGUUCCGGAAUUGCUGUGCGAAUUUUUUGAAAUCGCCAUCCACGCCAUCCUGUAUCAUCGGGAGUUGUACCCAUCGGGGAUUUUCGAGCGAAAGAAGAAGUAUGAAGUGCCUGUUUGGAUUGCCUCUCAUCCCGCCGUGCAGGAAUACGUUGCCAAUUGUGUUUCUGGGAUUAAACCGUUCAUAAAUAAUGGCAGCGUGCGAAGACUGAUGAUUGCCAUUUUUUCGCCUCACAGUCGAGUUCCGCUGGAGCGAUUUGUCUUCCAUCUGGCUCCGGACGAUAAGAAGUUUUCGGCCAAUCUAAUGGCAGAUAAACCGUCAGACUCCCGGAAAUUCUACUUUGAAUUUGGAGAAGCUCUGAAAGCGUUUAUGUUGAAAAUCGCGGCAUGCAAGUCAUAUUUGAAGCCACUACCGCCAGGUUGCACUUGCGCUCUCCAGAUUGUUACGGAUGUCCAGACGCAGCUGGAAAUCAGCGAACAAGAAAGUGCAGCGUGUUUCCCAUGGAUCGUGGUGGAUGAUCGCGAACGCAGCAUGAAAGAGGGAGGCAAUUUGCACCUUCUUCGGGGUCCAGUUGAGGGUGUUUGCCCGGUAGAAAUGUAUGUAGAAGAAGCCAAAAAUAAACUGAACGCUGUCGUCAAGUCGAAGAUUUCCGAGGAAACGAUUUGAGUACGGCCGUCGCCGAUUUUCAUCGAUCUUGAAGGAUGCCAGCUAGUCAUUACGUCCACAUCGUCCAGACAACAUUUUGAUGGAGAUAACUUUUUAGUCGGCGUUUUACCAUGGUAUCCAAAUGUUAAUGACGCGACUUGAUCAUAAACGAUUGAUACCAUAUAAGUGAGGAGAGCGGAAGAGAAUUCAUGGAUGAUUGCACUAUGGCUUAGCUUGUCAAUCGGCGGAAUCAAUGGUGAAUUUUUCAGCGAUUUACUGGCUAGAACGAAAUUAUGUUCUAAAAUUAACGGCUUGGAUGAAUAAACACCACCUGGUGCAUGCGCAGUUUUAUCGACCCGGUUGGCAAAAAUAUAGGUGUCUUGUGUACAACAAAAAUGUUUGAUAAGAUAGUUUGUACAACAUUUAGAAAGAGGAGUUUACAGUGUAUAACAUUAUCAGCUUCUGACAUCGAUGGAUCGAAACUGCCAUCUAGGCCAUCUUGUUGUCACGCCGGCACAGGUCAAAGAAAAUUUGUUAAAAAUUCAACUUAGGCAUUGUUUGUCUAUAUUUACCUGUUUCAAACAAACGCGCUAUAUUUUUAGCGAUGAUGUUGAUAUUGUAUGAAGUCAUUAAACACGAGUACAUUUUGGAUAUCUUAAAAUGGUCUGUUAAUAUUUUCGGUAUAGCCUGGUCAACGUGAUAACCGAAAGAGCAUUUAAUUGUUUUGUUUGCAGAUUGUUCACAAUUGCGGUAUGGAGCCUUUUGAGAACGCUAUAAAAUGGGUUUUUGUUUAACUUGAUCAUGUUAAUGUUUUGAUGAUAUGUCAUCGCAUCACUUUCUGCGAUAUAAAAAUAUAUUUCAAAGGUAAUGUAGAUGUGUGAUAAACAAGUGUCUAGUGCAGUUGAUGCACUCAGUAAAUGUGAAUUCUGUUUUAAACCGUAUCAAUUUUGUAAUCAAAACGGUUACCCACUGAUGUCGCAUUGAUUUUUCGCGGAGUUCUCAGAUUAUUUGAAUUCAGAAACGGUAUUAUUUUUCCCGGGUUGUACAGCAAAUUCUGUAAUCUACGGUAUACACGAUUUCUUUGGCACAAUCCACGGUCGCUCGGCUGUGGCAGUCGUCUUCUUAUAACACAGCUGGAUAUGUCGCUCAUUUUUCCAAUCAUUAACCACGUUUGUUCAUGGACGCUCACAUUCCAGAACAUUGAACUAAAAAUCAUUACAUCUGUCUUACAACAUUAAUUAUCGCUUCCUUUCUGUCAAAUCGCCAACACGCGUUGACGUCAUAGCAUAUAGUGACACACACUGCGCUUCGUAGUUCGUAUGCUACACGGUCACCGAUAAACAAAAUCUCAUGUUUAGUUUGUAUUAUUGGAAGGUUGCCAUAUCUUUCCUUUUCAGUUUAAAUAGGAAAUUCAGCGAACGUGUACUACACGUACAGGAAAUGCUUUGCAACCAUAGUUACUACUCAGUGAUAACAUCCCAACAAAAGUAUUUUGUUAUUCGUUUUGCGGUAACGGAUAGUUAUUACGAGUAAUUUUUCGCGUG